UUUUUCAUGCAGUGCAGCCAUAUUAAAUGCUUUCAUUUUUGGCGUAUACACGGGUGCGCCGACAGUUAUAAUACCUCAAAUGAGAAAAGAAGCUAAUUCGACGGAUGUUGCAACACCAGAAAUGGUAUCUUGGUUGUCUUCCAUUGCAGCCUACAGCGCAAUUCCUUGGGCAUUCAUUUUACCUAUGAUAGCUUAUAGUUUUGGGCGAAAAAUUUCCAUAGUUUUAAUUAGUGUAAAUGUAUUUGUUGGAAAUAUAGUAUUUUAUUAUAGUACAAAUAUUAUAGAACUCUUUAUCAGUCAAGCAACGUUAGGAAUGCUCGUAUCAUCAGCACUUACAGUUUCUGUCAUGGUAAUGUCGGAGUACACCUCGCCUAAAUAUAGAGGUAUUUUUAUGACAUUCAAAGGAGCUACAUUCUAUUGGGGAGUUUGGGUCUCAAAUGCUAUUGGAACAUUUUAUCAUUGGAAAAAUAUAGGCAUUCUUGUUUUUGUUUGCGGUAUUUACAACUUAAUAUCUUGCAUAUUCUGCUACGAGUCGCCUUACUGGUUGGCAACAAAAGGGAAUUUUGAUGAUUGUGCAAAAGUUCACCGAUGGUUAAAAGGCCUCGAUGAAAUCUCAGAAGAAGAACUUCAAAAGCUAAUCUCAUCACAAAAACAGCAUUUUAAUGAAAAAGCCAAACUCAAUAUGAAGAUAAAGUAUAGCAAAAGUAUAAAAAUCUUGAACGUAUUACAAUGUAAGGGGUUUUAUAAACCUCUUUUAUAUGCAAGCUUGCCAAUAUUUCUGUACAACCUAUCAGGUAAAAUAGCUUGUAGUGUAUAUGCUAUAGAUAUAAUUAAAAAAAUCACAUCGAGUGAACAAGUAGCGUACCAGGGCAUGCUUAUACUGGAUGCAGUGACUGUGGUAGGCAUGUACUUGGGGUGUGCAUUAUCUAAAAUUGUAACACGACGAAAACAAUUACUGCUUUUUUCCUCUACUGGAGUCGUAGUCCUUUAUGUUUUGUCAAUUUAUUUAUACAUGAUUGAAGUAAAUGUUAUAUCAGAGAAUAAUUAUGUUACUUUGUUCUUUUUAAUGGGUUAUUCAAUUAGCAUUAGCUGCGGACCGAUGAUACUUGCAUCCUCUUGUUGUGCAGAGUUGUCACCUUUACGAUACAGGAGCUAUUUUGUUUGUUGUCUCGGUCUUAUAGCUGAUAUAGUAUUUGCGACCAUCCUUAAAAUUUCUCCUCUUGUUUUUAAAUAUUGGGGCACUCAUGGUGCGUUUUUAUUCUACGCUGUCUCAGCGAGCGUUUUUGUUUGUCUUAUCUACAAAUAUAUGCCGGAAACAAAGGAUAAAACUAUUCAAGAAAUACAGGAAGGAAUAGUGGGUGUUCGGAAAAAUGCUACAGUUACUCGUAGCAUACAACUCGUUCCACUCAAGAAAUCAGAGUAUACGCUGCACUUGACUUGA